AAUAGGAAAAUUGGGAAAAUCGCAGAACGAAGAAAAAAAUGGACAGUGACAUGUCCGGGUGGGUCAUUGAGUUUCUCCUCCGGAGCUCCGUACCCGAUUCCACCAUCCAGAAAACCCUCGCCGCCCUCCCACUCUCCGGCGCCGAUCCCCGCCUCAAGAAAACCCUCCUCCUCCGCACCCUCCAUUCCCACCUCAUCAACGCUUCCCUCUCCGAAACCGCCCUCGAGAUUCUCGAACUCCUCGAACAACUCCACCUCAACGACGCCGUACCCGUCCCGGACUCCUUGCGCCGCGCCUACUGCGCCGUCGCCGUUGAGUGCACCGUUAAGUACCUCGCCGCCUCCCCCGAUGACCCCUCCGGCGAGUACUUCUCCGCCGUCCGCCGGAUCUGGCGCGGCCGUGUUGCUGCAUUGUCGGAGGCAGGUCGCGCUAGCGGGCUGGUCUCCGAUGAUUUGGAGCGGUGGAGGGAUGAUGUCGAGGCCGCGCUGUGGGAUCCUAGGGUUUCUGAGAGGAUUGCGGGGCUGAACACGAGGUGGGUCGCGAUGGUUGAGGUCAGGGGGUACCUGAAGGAAGCAUGGGAGAUCAUGGGUGCUUCGUUUCUCGACUUGAUGGCGACGGGGUCGAAGGGGAAGGGUUUGUGCCUUGGAGGUGUUUGUGAAAAUGAUUCUGUGAGAAAGCGUGGUGAUGGUGGGUUAGAGUGUUCGGCGAAGCGUGCUGAUAGCCUUGAAGGUGUUUGUGAAAAUGAUUCUGUGAGGAAGUGUGGUGAUGGAGGGAUAGAGUGUUCCGCGAAGCGUGCUAAUAGGAAUGAAAUCGAUGAUAAUGAUGGUUUGUGCCUUGAUGGUGUUUGUGAAAAUGAUUCUGUGAGGAAGCGUGGUGGUGGUGGGUUAGAAUGUUCUGCGAAGUGUGCUGAUAGGAAUGAAGUCGAUGAUAAUGAGGGUUUGCGCCUUGAAGGUGCUUGUGAAAAUGAUUCUGUGAGGAAGCAUGGUGAUGGAGGGUUAGAGUGUUCGGGGAAGCGGGCUGAUAUGAAUGAAUUUGAUGAUAAUGAGGGUUUGCACCUUGAAGGUGUUUGUGAAAAUGAUUCUGUGAGGAAGUGUGGUGGUGGUGGUGGGUUAGAAUGUUCGGCGAAGCGGGCUGAUAGGAGUGAAUUCGAUGAUAAUGAGGGUUUGUGCCUUGAAGGUGUUUGUGAAAAUGAUUCUGUGAGGAAGCAUGGUGAUGGAGGGUUAGAGUGUUCGGCGAAGCGUGCUGAUAGGAAUGAAGUCGAUGGUAAUGAUGACAAUGGCACUGAUGAUGGUGCAUGCCGCAUGGAGGGUGUGACCGUGACAGAGGAAAACCAGGGCAAGGAGCAAUUUGAAGACACAGUUGAUGUUCCUGCAAAGGGAAAUCAAGUUCAGAAAGAAAACAUUCAGCUCAAACGCAAGCAGUUUGUACUUCAAAAAUGCCAUAGGGGAGUUCAAAUCUCUGGUGCUGAGGAAGUGGUACCAAAAAAAUCGCGUAGCAACUGUGACCCCUUGCCUAGUGCUGAAGUUAAAAAAGUUCGAGAAUCCCUUAGAUCAAGUUCUUUGGAGCUACAAGCAGUGGUCACGGAUCCUCUUCCUGAUGCACUUCAUGCUUCUGAAGUUGUAAGAUCUCAAUUGUCAAUGAAAGAUACAAAGCAUGAGCCACAUAUUAUUGAAAACCAAAGUGGAGAUGCAUAUCUACCAGAUCCAGAUGCUUGCAGGAGUAUUGUACCUUUUCUGCCUAAUAAUGCCGAUCUUAGGAAGGAGUCUUCUGUACAUUGCAGUAACGUUGAUAGGCCCAACUUAAUGGAGCGGAGAAGUAAUGCUCAAACAUAUGAGUGGAAUGAUUCGAUUGAUAAUUUGCCACAAGUAAUACAGCCAAGAAGACGGAAAUUGAAAUGGACUUCAUUGGAAGAGGAGACACUGAGGGCUGGUGUUAAAAUGUUUGGAGGAGGAAACUGGAAAGCAAUCCGAGAUUUUUACAGUAACAUAUUUGAAAAUAGAAGCGCAGUUGAUCUCAAGGACAAGUGGCGAAACAUGCUACGCUGACACAAAUGAGUUAUUUCAACAUUCAUAUGUAUAUAUUAAGGGGUUCCAUCAAUGUAAUCAAGUUACCAAGGAGUGAGGACCAACUGGUACUCGAAGUUUUUGCAUGGCCCAACUUAAACACUUCUCCUUCAUCUCUGCAUUUUGGCUUCAGGGGCUCAUCUGAAGGUUUAUCCGUGUACCAUUACAAAUGAGAAGCUCGAGAUCAAAAGAAAUCAUGCUAACUUUGAGAUUGUACUAUAUUACAAAGAAUGUUAUAAAUAUGAUAGAUACUGCUUUUUGGUUCAUCUGUAUAGGCAGAGAUUCCAUGAUAGGGCUAUGUAGUCAUGUAAAAUGCUUAAUCUAGUUUUUUUGGGUCUGUUUCAAUUA